UUAGACGUUCAAUGCAACCACCUUACUCUGGUCCUCAUAGAGUUAUAUCUAGAGCCGAGGACGGAAAAACGUGGUCGAUUGAUGUAAAAGGGAAACAGGUGACGGUCAGUGUCGACAGAAUUAAGCCAGCUUUCGUCGAGCAUUCUUUAGUAGAUCUCGUUCCGGCACCAGCACCACGGGUUUCUGUGCCUCAACCCGCGCAACCGGACGCUACUGAUGUCCCUUCAUGUCCACUCGUGCCUUCGGCACCUCUAACUGCUACUCCUACGCAUACACCUCAAUAUACCACCCGAUCAGGUCGCAGAGUCCACUUCUCCAAACCUUUCGACCUAUGA